AUGUCAAGCGAUACUAGGAGUCGGUUGAAGCGAGGUGUUGAUGCAGAUGUAGAUGAUACAAGCAAAAAGUCGACAGUUCAGGACAGGAUCCGUGAACUGAAAAACGCAAGAGCCAAGUCUGUUCUUGAAAAUAGACGUGCAGUUUAUGAUGAGGUUGCUGGCGUCAAAAUGAAGCUGGCAGAGAAGAGGAAGUUGGAGAAGUCAGAGGACGAUGCUGUUCUGCAGGAAGAAGAAGGGAGAGUAUCAAAAGAAAAAAAGAAAAACAGUCCCAAUGUCUCCACCUUAGAAUAUACUGCGGAGGAAGAUGAGAAAUGGGAGGCCAAACAAGGCCGAAUCAACACACACGAAGAAUUGAAUGACGAGCACAAGGGUGAGUUGCAUAACUAUAAACAGCUAGCCGAGCGAACUUACUCGAAAAAUAUCCGUGGAAUUGAACAGCAAGGAAAAAAAACGUUGGAGAAGUACCAACAGGAGAAGAGUUUGUAUGAGAAGCUGAAAACACAGGGACUCUCCCCAGAGGAGAUACGGACUCGUCUCACCUCCAGCGGGCAACUUGAUACUUAUGUUAAAGACUUGAAGUCUUGGGAGGAGGAAGUCUAUAGGAAACGGAGAAAGAUUAACGAUGAGGGCAAAGAUGGUGCUAUUCACGAAAAGAACAGGCAGUUCAAUAGCAAGUUACAGAGGCAUUACCGCCAGUUCCAGAAAUGA